AUACGUAGUACUGAAAGUACCUAGUGGUGACAUAUGGAGAAUAGAGUUGAUAAAGUGUAAUGGUGAAAUUUGGUUACAAAAGGGUUGGCAAGAAUUAUGGAGUUUUAGUCUUUACCUUUUGGAUUUUUCCUUGUUUUUCAAUAUGAUCAGAGAAAUUGCCAUUUCAAUGUAAUUAUUCUUGACACUAGUGCUUCAGAGAUAGAUUAUCCAUGUAGAAACAAUGGUGAAAAUGAGGUCCCUAUUGAUCUUGAGGAAGAAUUUCUAGAGCCAAGAGUUGAACAAGUUGAAAAAAAUGCCUUUGUCGAAAUCUUGAAUGCUUUUUCAUCAAGCUGGGAAAGGAAAGAGAAAUCACCGGUAUCAUCAGGCCAGCCACUGAAGAAGAAAAAGCUAGAAAAUCCCACAAGACAAUAUGAAGGUAAAUAAUGGUCAUUUAUGUUUUUUUUUUUUUGGGCGGGGGUUCAGAUAAAGAGUUCUUCAGGUUGUACUGAUUUAUUUCUGUCUAGUGUUUGUUCUCAUUCUUAACUGGCGGGCUUAAAUACUGCAGCUAAUACUGGUAAUGGAGGCAUGAGUGUAGUAGUUGCAAAGACGCAACAAUUGAGUAGUGAUCAGAAAGCUUAUCUGCUUAAGAGAGCAAGGGCUGCUUUCAAUUCUAAAAAUCCCGCUUUCACGGUCACACUACAGCCUCCAAGUUUUUUUUUUUUUUUUUAAUAAUAAAUAACGUGGAGUCCACCAUGUGGAGGGACCGCCAACACUAGAGUCAUCAUAUAUUCAUCCGGGAUAUUAAUUGGUAAGUAAUGAUUUAAUUCAGAUUUUGAAACAUCAGUAGACUGUGAUAAUCAUUUCUUUCAUCUUUUCAAUUUAUCUUUAUGGCUUUUCUGAUUCUUUCUUCUAUUUUAUUGUUAUUAUUUUUAAUCCUUUCGUUUCUCUUUGUAAAUGCUUGCUCAGGGUAUACCAGCUGGCUUUGUCAAUCAACAUGUCGAUAAAAAGUACAGUGAUGUCAUCCUCAAAGCUAUGGAUGGGAGGAGUUGGCCUGUCAAGUGCUAUAAAUCGAAAACAAAUGGAAGAACAACUGCAAAACUCUAUAAUGGAUGGAAGAAAUUCGCACAGGAAAAUAGUUUGGAAGUUGGUGAUGUUUGUGCUUUUGAGCUGGUCACUAGCAAAGAAACUACAUUUAGAGUUGUCAAAUUCCGCAAUGGGAAAGAUGCAAGUAGCAGCCCAUCAUUCGGUAACAGCGAGGAAUUGAAUCAUGAAAAACAGAAUGCGACCGGUAAGAAGAUAAUUAAAGGGACUUAUGAUGAAGCUGCAAACAAACUUACAGAAAACAUUCUUCAAAGUGGUCAUCAAAUGAGGCUAUCUGAAGCGUUUCCCUCUGCAUGUACCACUGAGUUUUAUGGCAAAAUGUAGCAAUCAAAGCACAACGAAGGUAACGUUACAGGUAAAAACAGACAGUGGAAUGUGAAACUUAUCAGUUAUGCCUCUAGAGGUAUAUUAUCAGCCGGAUGGCCUGCAUUUGCACAUAACAAUGUACAAGCAGGUGAUGUUUCCAUCUUUGAGCUGAUUAAUGCCGCAAAAGGUCUCGAUUUUGAGGAGACAUGGUAACUAAUCGAUUGUUGGUACUAGUUCCGUAUCAUUUUUUGGGAUGGUAUUUUUCUAGUAGUACAACUUGGAUUUAAAGGGAAAUGGCUGAAUAGGAUCUCCUGUGUAUAUUCAAGAAACUAUGUUUUACGGGUUGUUGCAUUUUAUUUGCUUCCCCUCUUAACAUCAAACCCCACCACAUAAUACAUACUUACCUAAAACUUGACUUGAGGCAUCGAAUUUGGCUUCCAAAAAUACCACUGCAUGAAAAGCACCAAGAUUUUUCUCUUACCUUUUCUCGUCUGCAGAACGACUUUGAUGAUCUGAUUGGUUCUAUUUCAGCUUAGUCUUUGGCCAAUCUUAAACAGCUAUGUCCUGUCCUGUGAAGCUUAUAAGAGAGUUUUAGAUAAAAACUUGGAACAAAACCAGCUUUGAUUGUUCCACUUAUUUCAAUUGCUACUUGGUUAUAUGUUGCUCUUGCAAA